AUGCAAGCAGCUCGUAAUGAACCGUUACCCAGUCAGAAGUGUUUCAAGGAUACUCUGCCAAGUUGUGUCACUGCGGUCAAUAUGGACAGAAGUUCGGAGGAUAGUACAGGAAAUAAGGACGGCAAAAAUGAUUCCCUAAGUAGAGAGUAA